ACAGAUAAGUGUUAUCCUCAUCUUCUUCUCCCAACUCAUUGAGAAAAAAAAGCAAAGGGAGUUUGGUGGUGUCACUAUGAACAUUGCCACUUAUUAUCGUCACUCUAACGUCAUCCUUAAUCUUCAUGUAGACAAGACUUUAGUGAGGACUCGACAAGGAAGUUCAAAUGAUAUUACAUUCAUGACAAGAACACAAGGAAGAAGAAGAAGUGGUUUGUGUUUGGUAAAAGCAUGUGCCGGUACGGGAGAAGAAGAAUCCAGAGAUCAAAGCAAGACCGAGAGAAGAAGUUUCUUGACCUUAGCAGAAGCCGGUCUUGUCGAAAUCUCGGGCCUUGGUGCGCACGAGAAGUUUCUCUGUCGACUAACGAUAUCAUCGUUGAACUUACUAAGGGUGAUAUCGGAGCAAGAAGGAUGUUCAAUAGGAGAGUUAAAUGCUGGAAAAAUAUGCGAUUGGUUCUUAAAAGAUAAGCUGAAGAGAGAGCAGAACAUGGAAUCUGCCGUACUUCAAUGGGAUGAUCCCGAUUUUCCAUUUUAAUACUAUCUUAUCAUUACACUCUAAGGUGCAACAUAGUAAUAGUAUGAUUUGUCCAUUGAAAAUGUCGAGUCGAAUUUAAGAUAUUAGCUUCUUCAUUUUCAAUGUGGAUGUUGAGUCAAACUGAAGAUAUUAGCUUCUUUAUUUACAAAGUGAAUAUAUAUGUACACGUA